GGAAUGUGUUGCACUUAUUAGGCCAGCCUGUACCUUCGUCGCAUUUCUCUUCCCUUAUAUCACUCGUUCUUUGGCUGUGUUUUCGUAGUUUCCGCUGCCUUUCAACACAGUCUCAUCAUGUCCCGCAAACACUUUUUCAAAGAAACGACUGGUGUCGUAGUACAAGGCCUUCGGUCUCUCGUCUCCAGAAAUAAUCACCUUGCCUUGGAUGAAGCAAAUAAAGUUGUAUACUCGACCACACAUUCUCCGUCGAAGAUCGCAAUCGUCUCUGGAGGUGGUGCAGGCCAUGAGCCAGCAUGGUCUGGUUAUGUUGGUGACGGCAUGCUCAGUGCCGCUGUCAGCGGAGAAGUGUUUGCUAGCCCUUCCACCAAACAGAUCAUGGCAGGCGUGAGACACGUUCCCAGCGAUGUUGGGUUGAUCCUUUGCAUUACGAAUUACACUGGAGAUAAUCUACACUUCGGUUUGGCGAGGGAGAAAGCAGCUGCCAACGGUCAAAAUGUCGCUGUCAUCAGUCUAGCUGAAGAUGUUGCCUUGGGAAGAAAGAAGUCCGAAGGCUUGGGAAGACGAGGACUGGCCGGGAAUAUGUAUGUCCUAAAGCUUGUGGGAGCUGCAGCUGAAGAGGGCUGGUCUUUCGAGCGUUGCGUGGAAAUUGGAACCCAAAUCAAUGCAAAUCUGGUGACCGUGGGAACAAGCCUAGACCAUUGUCACAUACCUGGUCGAGCCCAUCACGAGCAAGUUGCGGACGAUGCAUGCGUUCUGGGGAUGGGUAUUCACAACGAGCCUGGCUUGCUCACGAUUUCGCCAAUGCCGUCACCCGAAGAGAUCGUAGGAAAGAUGCUGUCAUUCCUUCUAGAUCCAAAUGACAGUGAGAGAGCGUUUGUGGAGUUCAGAGAGGGCGACGAGGUAUCUUUGCUGAUCAACAACUUUGGCGGCUUGUCUGUCUUUGAACUCGAGGCUCUAGCCGAUGUUACCCUCCAGUUGCUCGAAAAGGAUUGGAAGAUCAAGCCUGUGCGCAAUUUCGUCUCCGUCUUUGAGACGUCUCUCAACGGACCUGGCUUUUCGAUAAGCCUCGCAAACAUCAGCGGAGUUGCACGGUCUAUCAACUCUACAUCAGAGGAGGUUUUGAGGCUGUUGGAUGCCCCAACCACUGCUCCCGCCUGGCCAAAGAAUGGCUAUGCCACAAAGGCACCUACUAACGGUAUUUAUACCAACGGCAAAAUGGAAGAACUCACCAAGCCUUCGCCAUCAGAGGCUGACAUCGGCCCUCAAGUUAAUCCUGAAUCGCUAGAAAAAGUCUUGCGGAAGGCUUGUAACGCGGCUAUUGCUGCUGAGCCUGAGAUUACCAAAUACGACAUUCAGAUGGGGGAUGGAGACUGCGGCGAAGCCGUCGCUGGUGCCUGCACAGCCAUUUUAGCCCAGCUCGAUGCGAAGGCGAUAACGAGCACUUCCUUCCUCGAGCAGAUGGAUAUAAUCGUCGACACGGUAGAAGACAUUGGCGGAUCCCUGUUUGCAAUUAUCGCUAUCCUGCUCACAGCAUUCACAAAUAGUAUCCGCCAACAGAAGAGCAGCGGAACCCUUACGAUCGAGACAGUCUCCAAGGCCGUCGGUCCCGCUAUCGAGGGCCUCAUGAAGUAUACCAGUGCUCGCGUAGGCGGCCGUACUGUCAUGGAUACAUUCAUUCCGUUCUGCGAGACGUUGCAGAACACAAGCGAUCUGGAAGCCGCUGUGCAGGCUGCCGAGGAGGGUGCAAGAAGCACGGCGGGGAUGAAGGCGAAGUUCGGAAGGGCCACAUAUGUAGGCGACAAGGCGGAGGAGCUGCGUGAAAACCCUCCAGAUCCUGGGGCGUACGCACUCUCCGUAUUCUUGAGGGCAUUGGCGGAUGGGGUUGCCAAUCUGUAAACAUGUGACACGUUGAACUGGUUAUGAUCAUGACAUUGGUGUUAUGGGUAAAUGUGAACUCAUCUGUAUUCGGGAGACCAUUACUCCUGUCACUAGUAAUUUCGAGUAGAUAUCGAGAUGCUGAUGAUGUAGGGGUAACGAU